UAAAUUAUUUUACAUUUGUCAUGAGGAAGAAAUGGUGCUUAGACGUGUACUAUGACACGUUUGGCAGUGAAUAGUGGUCGGAAAUUACGAUAAAAGUAACCCUAGCUCCUCGUCAACUACUCAUCGGUCUGAAACUGAAUCUCCAUUCUCUUCUGCCCUGCAGCUCCACUCCUUCAACGCUGUAAUGGCGAAAUUGAAUUCCGGCAUCCCGAUCUUUAUCCUCGCAGCUCUGUUAUUGGCCGCAUCGACGAUCGCCAGCUCUCAAGGUCCAUUUAUCGUCGCCCAUAAGAAGGCCUCUCUCACUAGGCUCAAAUCCGGCUCUGAACGCGUCUCCGUCUCUAUCGAUAUCUACAAUCAAGGAUCCGCGACUGCUUAUGAUGUAACACUUAAUGAUGACAACUGGUCUCGUGAUGUAUUUGGCAUUGUCGCUGGUAACACUUCAGUCUCAUGGGAAAGGCUUGAUGCUGGGGUAGUUUUGUCACAUUCCUUUGAGUUGGAGGCGAAAACGAAAACUGUUUUUUAUAGUCCACCAGCGGUAGUAACAUAUCGUAUUCCCACAAAAUCCACCUUACAGGAGGCAUUCUCAACUCCAAUCCUACCUCUCGAUAUCCUAGCUGAUAGGCCUCCGGAGAAGAAGCUUGAUUGGGUAAGUUCUAAAGAAAAUUAGCUCAUUAUUUCAUUUCUCCUUGUAUUUAAUUAACUAAUACUUUCUCUACUUUUUCCUUCUUGUGAUCUUUUGCAAUGGAAUUGUUUUAUGACGGCACCUGAAAUAAUUUAGGCAAAGGUACGUCACACUUUUUAUUACUUAUUGUUGAUUCUUUUUAUUUAGAUACUUGAUUCUAACAUCUUAGAAUUUAGAUCGUUGAAUCAUUUUAUCUGUGUUCUUGAUUUUAUGGUAAAGUAAUCAGUUUAAUCUAAUGUCAUGGUUGCAAAAUUUAAGAAUUUAGGGUGCGGUUAUAAGUGAAAACUACAAUUUUUGUAAGAACUUGAGAACCAUUAAAAUUACUGCAUCCACUGUAGAAAUUAAUGCAUUUGCUGCUAAAUUUAAUGCACCCGAAAAAAAUAAAAUUUUUGCUUCCUUUAGGAUUCGAACUCAGGUCCUGCAUUCAUUCAUCAAGAUGAUGCAUCCACCGUAGAUCUUAAUGAUCGAAAAGUUGAAAAUGGUUCUACGUUCUUAUUUUAUUUAGUGGUUCUUAUUUGAACCUCUUCCUAUAUAUAUAUAUAUCAAAGUAACAAAUCCACAGUAUGCAAGAUGAAUUACAUAAAAUUUCUUUACAAGUGCACAUUAAAACGAACAUUGCCGUGAGGGGAAAUGUAUAUAUUGGUGGGGGGAUGGGGAUUUAUGAUUAAUGAAUAUGUCCUCUCAUUCUCAAUGCAACAUCUGGCCUAUGUUGUUGUGAAAGAAAAAAUUUGUUCCCUAAUAUAGUUUGAAGUAUCAUAGAAUCUUUUUCCUUAUAUGUGCUGUUUCACCCUCUAUGUGCAGAAACUGUUGGCAAAAUACGGGUCUCUUGUUUCGGUCGUAUCCAUUGUUGUCUUGUUCGUGUACCUGGUGGCGACCCCAUCCAGUGGCGCCAAGGGUAGCAAGAAGAAGCGCUGAUCUCAACCUCGUCACCUUCUACUCUGUAACAGUUGUUGCUGGUUUUUUGGGUUCUGUUUUUGUUGGUACAAUUUCACACUUGUAGAGAGCUAAACAAAAUAGACAUUAGACAUGAGAUAGCUUUUUGGUAGUA